AUGACUACGGAAUCUGGAUCUGACUCUGAAUCAAAGCAGGACCAAGAGCCAGAGCACGAAGAAGCCUCUGGACAGCAGGGACAAGCUGGGGUUCAACAGCAGCCAGCAGAGCAGCCGCUCAGGGAGGAACAACAGCAGGCAUUGGAGCAGUUCUCUGCAGCAGCAGCACAUAGCACCCCAGUGAAAAAAGAGGUCACUGACAAGGAACAGGAAUUGGCUGCUACAGCUUCAAGACAGCUCGAAUAUCAGCAGUUUGAAGACGAUAAACUUUCUCAGAAAUCAUCUUGCAGUAAACUCUCUCGAUCUCCUUUGAAAAUUGUUAAGAAGCCUAAAAAUAUGCAGUGCAAAGUGAUACUUUUAGAUGGAACAGAAUAUCUCUGUGAUGUCGAAAAACGUUCCAGAGGCCAAGUGCUAUUCGAUAAAGUAUGUGAACAUCUGAACCUGUUAGAAAAAGACUACUUUGGUUUAACAUAUCGGGACACUGAAAACCAAAAGAACUGGCUUGACCCUGCUAAAGAAAUUAAAAAACAGAUCCGAAGUGGUGCUUGGCAGUUUUCAUUUAAUGUGAAAUUCUACCCACCAGACCCUGCCCAGCUAUCUGAAGAUAUCACCAGGUACUACCUCUGUUUGCAGCUGAGAGAUGAUAUAGUAUCAGGAAGGUUGCCAUGUUCUUUUGUUACACUUGCCCUCUUGGGAUCUUAUACUGUUCAGUCUGAACUUGGCGACUAUGACCCAGAUGAAUGUGGAAGUGAUUAUGUUAGUGAAUUCCGUUUUGCACCAAACCACACAAAAGAACUGGAAGAUAAAGUGAUUGAACUACACAAGAGCCACAGGGGAAUGACACCAGCAGAAGCAGAAAUGCAUUUCUUAGAGAAUGCCAAAAAAUUAUCGAUGUAUGGAGUUGAUCUACAUCAUGCCAAGGACUCGGAAGGAGUAGAAAUUAUGUUAGGAGUUUGUGCAAGUGGUCUUUUGAUAUAUCGAGACAGACUCCGAAUUAACAGAUUUGCCUGGCCAAAAGUUCUGAAAAUUUCUUACAAAAGGAACAAUUUUUACAUAAAAAUCAGACCAGGAGAGUUUGAACAAUUUGAAAGCACCAUUGGGUUUAAGUUGCCAAACCAUCGAGCUGCGAAGCGUUUAUGGAAAGUGUGUGUUGAACACCACACAUUUUUCAGGCUCUUAUUACCAGAAGCACCGCCAAAGAAAUUCCUUACCUUGGGUUCCAAAUUCCGCUAUAGUGGCAGAACACAAGCCCAAACAAGGAGAGCUAGUGCACUGAUAGACCGACCAGCACCUUAUUUUGAGCGUUCUUCCAGCAAACGGUACACAAUGUCCCGCAGCCUGGAUGGGGCAUCAGUGAAUGAAAACCAUGAAAUAUACAUGAAGGAUUCUAUGUCUGCUGCAGAGGUUGGUACUGGCCAGUACGCCACAACAAAGGGCAUCUCUCAGACCAACUUGAUAACAACUGUGACGCCAGAGAAAAAGGCAGAAGAAGAGCGUGAUGAGGAAGAGGACAAGAGGAAAAAGACCGAGGAAGUCACUCCAGUCUCAGCAAUACGGCAUGAGGCAAAGUCCCCUUGGCUUGGCAACAGUUCAUUUUCCUUCUCACCAUCUUCACAUAAUGGUCCCACUGCAUCUCCAACAACACUCCGUAGGAGAUGUAAGGAGAAUGUUCAAAAAGCGUUAGGUUGUGAGCCAGCCAAAGACACUGGGCAGACCCGUGGUGAGCCUGACUUGGAUUCUAGUGGGAAAGGGAAAGCUUACUCAGGGGAUCAAGACCUGGCCUUUAGCUACAAACAACAAACUUGCAAAGGCGCAACGCUGUUUUCCUUCUCCUUGCAACUCCCGGAGUCAUUUCCUUCUCUUCUCGAUGAUGAUGGGUACCUCUCUUUCCCCAACCUUUCUGAAACCAACUUCCUCCCUGCAAACUUGCAGCAUUACCUCCCAAUUCGUUCUCCAUCGCUUGUGCCCUGUUUCCUCUUCAUCUUUUUCUUUCUGCUGUCCGCUUCUUUCUCAGUGCCGUAUGCCCUCACUCUUUCCUUCCCUCUGGCUAUGUGCCUCUGCUACCUGGAGCCCAAGGCAGCCUCCUUGAGCGCCUCACUAGACAAUGACCCGAGUGACAGUUCAGAGGAAGAGACUGACAGUGAACAGACGGAUACUGCAGCUGAUGGUGAAACCACUGCCACUGAGUCGGAUCAGGAGGAAGAUGCAGACCUCAAGGCACAGGAGUUAGAUAAAAAUCAGGAAGAGCUGGUGAAACAUCAGACCAACAUUAGUGAGCUGAAAAGAACCUUUUUAGAGACCUCUACAGAAACUGCCGUGACUAAUGAAUGGGAAAAGAGACUUUCCACGUCUCCAGUACGGCUUGCUAUGAGACAGGAGGAUGCCCCGAUGAUUGAACCACUUGUGCCUGAAGAGACUAAGUCCACCGGUGAAAAAAUCUUGGAUGGCUCAGAUAUCUUCACUUUAAUAGACUCUGCAAGAAAACCCACAGAGUUCAUAGGAGGGGUUACUACUUCUUCACAAAACUGGGUUCAGAGAACAGAAACCAAGACGGAGCCCAGUGAAAUACAGAAGGAAUCCACCGAGCAGCACCAGCAGCUUAGCUCAGAGAAGGUUGUUCAGCAAACGGUGGUGGUGGAGGAGAGACGUGUGAUGAAUGUGCAUGCAAGUGGGGAUGGUUCUAACCUGGCUGGAACUCAUUUGGAUGCUGCAGCUCAGGCAGUAUCUGCUGUGGCUUCUAAUGUUACCGGGAAGGCGGGUUCCGCUCUGAUUGAGGGGGCUAAAGAGGAGAAAAGGGAGGAGGAGGAGGAGGCGGCUGAUAAAGCUGUAAUCAAACAAGAAGAGAUUGCCACUGCUUCUCAUGAGGGAGAGGAGGAGCAGACUGCAAGAUCCCUCAUUUCGGAAUCAUUGGAAUCAAAACCUCAUUUUGAGUCACCAUCUGUGAAGACAGAAACCAUAAGUUUUGGCAGUGUCUCCCCAGGAGGAGUAAAGCUGGAAAUUUCAACCAAGGAAGUGCCAGUAGUUCAUACUGAAACAAAAACCAUAACUUAUGAAUCAUCACAGGUUGAUUCCAGUGCUGAUUCUGAGCCAGGUGUACUGAUGAGUGCACAAACAAUCACAUCAGAAACAACCAGUACUACAACCACCACACACAUCACCAAAACUGUGAAAGGAGGCAUUUCAGAGACAAGAAUUGAAAAGCGAAUAGUCAUCACGGGAGAUGCAGACAUUGACCAUGACCAGGCGCUGGCUCAGGCAAUUAAAGAGGCCAAAGAGCAGCACCCUGACAUGUCAGUGACCAAAGUAGUGGUACAUAAAGAGACAGAGAUCACACCAGAAGAUGGAGAGGACUGACCCCAGGAAUAAUUUAGCUUGCAUACGAAUCCAGUCAUGCACACCAUUAGGAACACCAGAGCCUAUAUGGAGUCCCCGUUCUAACCCGACUGACUGACUUGUAUCUGUCCAUGGAAAAUUUCAGUCCAGAAGAAUUGAUCUUGACUGUUAAAAAGACACUGGCAGAGAGAUCUUCCCAUAAUAGAGCAAUCCGAUUCAGCAUCAGUAAACCGAUAUUGCAUGAAGCAACGAUAAAAUUGCAAAAGAGCAGCAUUUUUAAUUUUUACAAAAUGUCUAAGUUUUCAGCUAUACUGCACGUUCAUAACCAACAAUAUAAACAGUGAUUUCAUGUAACACAUAGACAAUUCAUGCCUUUCACAGUUUAUUAUUAAAGUCUAAACAAAGUUAUAAUUUGUUAGGUGGCAAAAAACUUUUUUGUUUACAAAUUAAAUGAAAAUUGCCCUCAAAUGCUAGAAGCUGUAUAGGUACGGUGUAUAAUGUUUUAUCACACGUUAGAUGUGCCAAUAACACAGUUUAUUCAGUAAACAACUUGAAUCUUGUUCUUGUUUCACCUGGUUUUAUUACUAUUCCCUUAUAAAAUGAUGAAUCCUUAAUCCUAUGGAAAUAUUUAAUGCUUACAAAAUGUGCUUUGUAUAUCUGAUUUACUACCUUAUGGGGUAGUCAUGAUUUUAGUAUUUUGACUUGAUUUUCAUUCUCUUGUCUGCCUUGUUCUGCAUUAAAUCCAGAAAGCUUCCCAUUUGCCAUUGAAAAGUCACAAAUCUAUAAAUUGUCAUUAUUUUGAGGAAACUUGUAUUUCCCUUAUAUCACAAAAUUAUUACUCUGUAAUGACCCUAUUGUUUUUUAUUGAUUUUUUCCCUUAUGUUAUUUGAGAAAAAAAUGUGUUUCAUUUCAAAACCUGGUCAACAUUUAUAAUAAUCUAGUUCAGAGCCAAGCCUUAAACUGUACAGAACUUCCACUGUAAACUAUUGAGUGUUUAGUUAUAAAUAUCCAUUGAAGAGUUCUAUUCUCCAUCACACUGUCAACUGCAUCACAACACAUGGUGAAUGUAUGUUUCUGCAUAGUGAAAUAAAAGUGGUAAAUGCAUUCAAAACUG